GUAAUUUGUAAUUUACAGCAAGUCCAAUUACAAGUAAUAUUUCCCUAGUUUGUGUGUUUAUGUUAAACCCAGACAGACCGCAGACCUUCUCUUAAACCCUUGUCAUCUUCCUCGGCUGCUUCAGUUGAAUACCUAUUUGAAUGAGUUCUCGAUCCCCUAAAUUCAUGAAGUUCAUUCGUAUUCCUCACACCAUCACCCCCACCCCUUCUUAUUUCUCCACGCUGAUGAUGGGUGUGCAGAGGAGGUCCAAUUCUUUUAUCUCAACUGAUGCGAAUGAUAACACGGAUCAAAGUGGUGGCCGAGGUCUGGAAAUUGAUGAUGACGAUUUUCUCCCCGACAAGGCUGAGUUACAACUUCAGGGUGUUGAUCCCAGAAAAGGCUGGAAUUUCCGUGGUGUCCACCGCGCUAUUGUAUGUGGAAAAGUUGGUCAAUCUCCCGUACAGAAGAUCCUGAGAAACGGUAAAACCGUAACGACAUUUACGGUGGGAACUGGAGGCAUGUUUGAUCAGAGGACUAUAGGUGCAAACGACUUGCCUAAACCACCUCAAUGGCAUCGUGUUGCAGUGCAUAACCCUAUGCUUGGUGCUUAUGCCGUUCAGCAACUUGUCAAAAACUCUUCGGUUUAUGUUGAGGGUGAUAUUGAAACAAGAGUCUACAAUGACAGCAUCAAUGGAGAUGUCAAAAGCAUCCCCGAAAUUUGUGUGCGCCGUGAUGGAAGGGUUCGUCUUAUCAAGGCUGGGGAAAGUAUGAGUAAUAUUUCCAUCGAUGAGCUGCGAGAAGGAUUAUUUUAGUGGAAUUCUCAUCUGAGCAGAUGAUGAGUCAUAUUUUAACAAGUGACUGUUGUUGAUUUCAAGUGUAUGUGUCCGGAUGAAGAAAUAUAUGCUGAGUAUUUAUAAUAUGGAAGGGACCUUGUAAUGUAUAUUUAUGCUUCUCUUCUAUGAGUAUUGGUAUUUCCUCUCCUGCAACGGGUGAUGGUCGGAUUUGCAGUUUAACACAAAUUUGUAGUUUACUUGAAACUAAUUCGUUACUUUCCGUUCGAAUUUUCAUUUUUGCUUA